GGGAGAGAGACCAGGGACCGUGAGAGAAUACAGCGCAUUACAAAGGACGGGAGCAGGCAACGAGACCACGGAUAUUGAGCCGCUGUUUAUUUACCGGAGACACUGCAGCGGUGAGUCCGGUGCCCAGCGGUGAAAACACUGUGCGUCUUUGUGCGCAGCCGGCGUGCCAGCUCAACUGCGGUCUGAACUGCUGAUCCCCGGGGGGACACUCACACACACACACACAGGCUUUGCCCUAAGAAAUUCCACCGUCUCUUAUUUCUGUCUUGCUUUCUCACCGAAUCGCCUGUGAUCGUUAGGCUAUAGCUGAAGAGUAUUUGAAAAUGUGUUAAUCGCUAAAUAACUUAAAGUAGGUUAUUGUCCGACAAGGAUUACAUCGUUUUGUUUCGAUAUAUCUGGAAACUUUCCUUGGUUCAGAUGUACAGCAUGGUCUGCUCCGUGGCGUUGUGGCCUUUACUGGUAAUGCUCUUGGCCAUCCCGGGGGCGCAUCUUGGCAAAUGCCCAAAAGAGUGCGUCUGUGACCAAAUCUCACUUACUGUCACCUGUGUUAACAAAAACCUGACAGAGGUGCUUCCGACAAUUGACGAGAUCACAGUGAAGCUGGACCUGAGAGGCAACAACAUCCAGGAGCUUCCGACAGGUGCAUUUAAACACACACCUUACCUGACGCACCUCUCCAUGCAGCGCUGCAACCUCCGCAACGUUAAGGAGGGGGCAUUCCGUGCCCUUGGACGCCUUGUAUUUCUCAACCUGGCUAACAACAAUAUUGAGAUUCUCUAUCAGGAGUCGUUUGACGGCCUCUCCUCACUGAAGCAGCUGCUGAUUGACCAUAACCGCGUGGAGGAGAUCCAGCCAGGAGCCUUCUCUCAGCUGGGCUUCCUAAACCUUCUUUCCCUCACCCACAACCAACUCACUUACAUUCCCAACAUGGCCUUCCAGGGACUGCAGAACAUCAAGUGGCUGCGCCUCAGCCACAACUCCCUCAACUACUUGGCCAUCGAGGCCUUUGCAGGCCUCUUCACCCUGACACGCCUUAGCCUUGACCAUAACGAGCUGCAGUUCUUCCCCACUGAGACCAUGACCAGACUCGCAGAGGUGACCCGUCUGGACCUCAGCUUCAACCCCAUGACCUACCUGGGCGAAGAAACGGUCUCCAUGAACAAACUGACCCACCUCUUCAUGGACCACAUGUCCCUGCAGGACCUGUCCCACACAGCCGUGUCCCUGUCCCCAUCACUCACCCACCUGGACCUCAGUCACAACCAGCUCCGCGUCCUCCAGCCCUUCACCCCAGCCUCCGCCAAGUUGGCCCGUCUCAACCUGUCCGGAAACCCCAUCUACUGCAACUGCUACUUGCUCCCUCUGAGGGAGUGGAGCAUCCGGAAGAAGGUGAAGCUGAUGGGGGAGUGUGGGGGACCAUUUCAUUUCUCUGGGGAGAACCUGGAUGCCAUCCACCCCCGGGACCUGCGCUGCCAGAGCCAGGAGGCUAUGCUGAAGGCUGAGUUCGAGGAGCAGACGAGGGUUAGACCACCCCCCACCCCCGAGCCCACCGACAGGGUCAAGUGUCCCGCCAACUGUGCCUGUGAGGGUGAGACACACCACUCCUCCUGUGAGAACCGUGGCCACACCAAAGUACCUCGUGGUUUUUCCCCUGACACGCGUCUCCUUGACCUGCGCAGCAACCACUUCCAUUACAUCCCUGCCAAUAGUUUCCCUGGUGUGGCUGAGGUCAUCUCACUUCACCUGCAGCACUGUAAGAUUGUGGAGGUGGAGCCUGGUGCCUUCAACGGCAUGAAGGGGUUGGUCUACCUUUACCUCUCAGAGAACGACCUUGACUCCCUCAACCCUGACGCCUUCAAGGGCCUGCCUCAACUCACCUACCUUCACCUAGAGAACAACAAAUUCACUGUGUUCCCCAAGGGGGCCUUCAAACUGCUACCUGGCUUGUUGGCCCUUCACAUGGAGAACAACUCCAUCACCAAGCUGGAGCCAGGCAUCCUGACUGGGGCUGAGAAGCUUAGGGGGCUAUACCUGACAUCAAAUGCAAUUGAUGCCAUGGCUAUCAGAGCACUUGACCCAGCCCCUGACCUCGACACACUUCACCUCGGAGGGAACAAGCUGAAGGAGGUGCCCAGUGAUGUGUUAGCAAAGACGGGCAACCUGGGAGAGUUACGUCUCUCAGGGAAUCCAAUUCGCUGGAUUGGGCCGCAUGCCUUCCAGCCAUUAGCAAGGACGCUGAAGGAUCUAUAUCUGGAUGGCAUGGGAUUGGAGAAGAUGUCUAGGGACUCUCUGGCAGGUCUUGGUGCUGGUCUGAGAAGUCUAUACUUGGAGGGGAAUCAGCUGGAGGAGGUACCUAACUUCAACCAUCUGACCAGCCUUGAGGUCAUCAACCUGGCGGAGAAUCCUCUGCUGUGUGAUUGUCCCCUGCUGCCACUACGCAUAUGGAUUGAGAAGGUGAACCUGAAAGUCCGGGCCACCUGUGCCCACCCGCCUGAGCUGCGAGGCCGUAGGGUCAAGGACGUCCACGUCUUCAAGGCCUGCCCUGGAGGGGAGAGCCUGCCCUCCGCCCCGGUCCCCAAGGUCUCCAAAACUCCCAAAUCCACCAAACCAAAACCUGCCCACCUUCACCCCCCAAGACAGGUCAAGGUAGUGAAGACCAAAGCCAUAGCCAGAAAGAGUCAGACCCCAAAGCCGUCUGUCACCAAGAAAACCUCCAAGAGGAGCAAAAUGGUUUGAAACCUGAACCACUAGAGGGCGCUAUAACUAUUAUAGUGUAACUACAGGUGAGCAGGUGUGACUGCUGGAUCUAUGACCAGGUGCCUUUACUGUCUCCCCAAAGGCUUUGACUGCUGUAGAUCUGCACAACAUAACGCAGGACAGAAUUAAACACAUAAAACACUCAGAAAGACGUACAGGGAUGCAAUUCUGAAAAGGACAGUUAGAAAUAGAUGUAGAAACUCAACGUUGAAGCUCUUCUUCAACACAAGGAUUAUACUGAUUUUUUUAUAUUGAGUGGCUUCCUCUGUUGAAAAUAUUUUCAAGUUACACUAAUAUUUAAAAUAUAUGUACCAUUAUGAAGUGUAGUCACCUAACUUGAUGUUAGGAAAUAAAAAAUGUGUAGGGAGUUCUAGCAAGUUUCCCAGUGUGUACAUGGCAAAUUUACUAGUUUGAAAAGGGCAGUUGAUGACAUGUUCAACUUCUUCCAUUUGAGCACUGAAUGUGGGUCUUCAUUUCAUCGUGUGUAUUGAACAUGUAUUAUACUUUCAGUUUUCCACUUUGGAAAUUGUUUACGGAUAUUGAAAUAAAUGCUACAUACUUCUGCAAAAUUACAUGGUCACAUCACAUACUGUAGCUGAAAGCAAGGUUCCUACCUGUCAUUACUAUAUUCCUGUCUCUGCACAGUCAUAAAUGUUUCAUUGCUCAUAGAUUAGUCAGUAGCAGAAGUGUCAUUCAAAUGUAAAAUGUGAAAGUCACAAAUCCCACAAUCUGACAAAUCAGCUAACUGAAGUAAUUUUAUUCCAUGAUUCAACAAUAUAUAGUACCUACAAAAACAUAAUCUGGAUAA